AUGGUUAACACCAAGAAGCAAACUCUGUCUUCUCAAGACCACAGUUCGACAACACGUGGUCGCGGAAAACGUCACAAGUGUCCUGCACUCAUCGAAGAAGUUUCAAAACGUCCCAAUCAAAAAAGAAGAAGACCUACCGUAUCUUCGGAAUCUGAAUCGGAACCAGAAUAUGACGCUCAGGUACAGUUUACCAGGAGUCGAAACCAAAAAGUAUCUUUCAGACGUGAUAUUUAUAAUGACAGUGACUCUGAUUUUGAAGAAACCCCGCCGAAGACAAAGCCUGAAAAAAUGCGCGAAACUAAGGAGGUGUCUCAAACGGAAAGCAAGAAUGCUGCUUCUAAAAAUGAUGUUUCUUUGUCAUUGUCAUGUUCUGAGCUGGAAUCUGACACUAGCGAAAUGGAUGUCAAGGACAAAAUGGACGACGGACAGCCCGGAAAAUCCAUUCCACCAACCAGCUCGAAACUAAAACGAGUAGGAAAAAGCACGGAUGAGAAUAGGAGAACUCGAGUAAUGUUCACGAAUGAACAACAUGAGUUACUUCUGGCGAUGUUUCGUGAAAACGAGAACCCAACAAAAGAGCAGCAGGAAAAAUUGGCCGUUGAUGCGAAGCUUUCCGGAACCCAGAGAUAUACCAGAAGAAUUUCGGAGGAAAAAAAAUCGAAGUUGAAGCAAGUUUUUGCUAUCAAUCGUAACCCAGAUAAGGCAACUGUUUCAUCUUUGGCUUCGGAACUCCAAAUGCCUAGAGAUCACGUCAUACGAUACUUCUCAAACAUGCGUGGUAGAAAUCUGAUUGUUGGAUCACAACCACUUUUUCUGUCUGAAGAGAAACAAAUUUUGAUGGACCUCUUCCAACAAAAUCCAAACUUUUGUGACUACAGCAAUCCGGAACUAAUGGAAAAAACAGGCUGGUCGAUUCAAAGAGUAAGAGCUUCUUUUUGCAGAUUAGAAAAUGGAAUUACUGAACUCGCCGGAAUUACUCCACUUGCCGAUAAAGAAGCGGAAGCGAUACUUAUGGAUGUUUUCAAGAAGAAUCCGCUAUUCGAUGAUUAUAGGAACAUUGAAUUGAGAGAAAAAAUUCACUGGCCUAUCAGCAGAGUAAGCUUCAUCCAGCGUUGGUUCAUUGAACAACGCAAUUUAAAUCGUAGCCAAGUGAGCAGUCAUUUUGAUGAAGCCAUGGAAUCCAUCUUCCAAAGAAAGCAGUUUUUUGGACAUAAAAGCAAAGACUUGGAACUGAUGACGGGAGGCUCUUGGGCGAUGGUAAGUAUUGAAAUAUUUGAGCAUUCAGAAAAAAUCAUUUCACAGAUUGUAAACUGGCUGGAGAACAAAAGAAAAAAUGUUCUUCAGUCGUAUUUCAAAAAAGAAAUCUCGGACUUACCAAGUGAAAUGGGCAAGUUUGAGGAACUUUAUAAGAAGUACAACAGUCCCCAAACGACAGACCCUGAUGUCAUCAAGGAAGGAAUCAAUGAAAAACAAAAUGGAGAAGAUGUGGUAAACCAAAACGAUGAAGAGAAUCACAUUGAUCCGGAGUUCGAAUAUCCAAUGGAUGAAAACCGAAGCGUUCAACCAGAUCCUCACCAAGAAGCGGGCGAGCUGGAAAUUAACAAUGAUCAAACUGAGAUCGCCAAUCCACAUGAUGCACUGAUGAAUGAAAGUCUUCAUGGGCAAUUGGAAGAAAACGUGGCUGAUGAGGAGACAGGCUUGAACCCCCAGAUAAAUGGAGAACAAAUAUUUAAUUAUUUCGAUGAAGUCCCAGAGCAGCAGAAUGAUCAGAUAAAGGAAAAAAUGCCACCAAGCGUCCGCCCAGUCAACGGUGAAAUGGAAAUCCCAGUGAAAGUGGAGUCGAUCGAGGAGGAAGAGAAUAAUAUGCAACUAAUCGUGUUCGAUGUUAUUCAAGAGGAUGUGCCUCAGGAUACUGAAGCUAUGGGGCCCGUGUCAAUCGUGAGAAAACAAACGGAAUUCAAUGAUCUGCAACCAUAUCUUGGGGACAUUGUUGGAUUAACCGAGAUUGGGUUUGCGAAGAAGACCGAAAUGACAGCUAAUAAGAGAAAGCUGGGUGGGGAUCGCAUGGAUAAUCUAAUUCUCCCGUUCAACUGCUCCAUGGGUUGGCCAACGUGGUCGAGGAAUCAAAGAAUGGAGUUUUUUGGCCAACUUUUUUCUCCAGAAACGACCAAAAAACUCAUAGAGAAAGUCAAGGCCGGAUAUGUUCUCACUAUGUUUCAAAAAGAUCAGACGAGAUACUUCAAAAACUUGAACUAA